UCUUCUUAGGUCCUUUCCCUCUCUCUGAUUUCUCCCUCCACUUUUCCUCCACCAUUCUCACCUCACUUCCGGUUGUAUAUAAAAACCAAACUACCAAUCUUUCUCCCCCAAUCGAUCAAAUACACACUGCGCUUUCCACUUUUUAGACGCAGGCCACUGCUUCAACCGGUUAGCGCCCGAAAUAGCCGCCUAGAACUGCGAGCCUCUCACUGCUCUCUCUCUCUCUCCAAAUUCACUCCUUCAUAUUCGUUUAACCACAUGUUCCUACUCUAAAUUUAUCGUUCUCUCACUUUUACCACUUCUCGCCUUCUUUCUCCUUCUCUCUGGAACUCGCAUUGGUUUUUUUCCUUUGUAAUUCAGUUGAUUGAUUGUUUGGAGCUUUUGAUUGAGUCGAACUUAGGGGUUUUGUUUUGAGUUCGAGUUGUUGUUCUUGUAAAUUUAUCGGGUUUUGAUUAAUUAAUUGAUUGAUUGGUUGAUCUUCGGAUUGUGUGAGAUUUUUCUGAGUUUGAGGUUGAUCUGUCUUUUGUGGUUCCGACAUGACUGCUGGUGGUGGUAAUCAGUUGAUCGCAGUUCAUCCUGAUGAGCUCAAAUUCAUUUUUGAGUUGGAUAAGCAAAGUUAUUGUGAUCUUAAAGUUGUGAACAAUACAGAGCACCAUGUUGCUUUUAAGGUUAAAACCACUUCGCCCAAGAAGUACUUUGUAAGGCCCAACACUGGUGUGGUACAGCCUUGGGACUCAUGUGUUAUCAGAGUUACUCUUCAAGCCCAACGAGAAUAUCCUACAGAUAUGCAAUGCAGAGAUAAGUUUCUCUUGCAGAGUACAACAGUGCCUCCACAUACUGAUGUUGAUGAGCUUCCACCAGAUACUUUUAAUAAGGACAGUAGUGGAAAGACACUAGAGGAAUGCAAACUUAGGGUUUUAUAUGUCCACCCAUCAGCUCAAGGAAACUCAGAAGAAGAGGCAUCAAAACUCUCCUCGCAGAGUCCUGAUCUGAACACUGAAUUACAGAGCCUGAAGGAUGAAAGGGAUGCAGCUGUCCAACAAACUUCUCAACUGCAAAAGGAACUGGACAUGAUGAAGAGACGGGGAUAUCGGAAAAGUAGUCCAGAGUUUUCCCUGACUUUCGCAUUUGUUGUGGGACUUAUUGGAAUCUUGAUUGGCUUCAUCUUGAAACUCACAUUUUCAUCGCCAUUGCCAUUGCCAUUGCCAUCACCAUCACCAUCUACAGAAUGACUCCAAACCACAGGAUCUCAGGCGAUAAAUUUUCUCGUGUUUUAAUGUUCAAGUCAUGUUUGGAUGAAUAGGGCUCUGUACAUUGAUUGCUGCAACUGUUGGUUUGGGAAAUAUAUUUUUGUUCAUUUAUAUAUUACUGUUAGCAGCGAAUAUUUUUCAUUUCAUUGAUUUGUUACUUUUAGUGUGAAUUAGUAAGUGGAUAUUUCUGCGGCAAUUUCUGAAUGCAGUUUUGAUGUUUUU